AAAUUCCUCACAUUUGAUUGGUUGAAGGGGCGGGACUUCCGGGAAACCAGGUUAGACAUAAAGUGACAGACUUCACCUCCUGAAAUUAAGAAGAAAAACCCGACGGACGGCGCGUUACAAGUUAUAAAACAGCUGGGGAUGAUUUUCAGACAUGGACGACAUAAACCUUCAUUAUCGCUUUCUGAACUGGAGGAGACGAAUUCGAGAAAUUCGUGAUGUGCGAGCAGUGCGUUACCGGGAUCGGUGGAGGAAUAUGUUCAGAGAUGGCGACAUGCUCAGGUAUCAUGGGGAUUCGGACGAGGUCGGCUGUUUCGUGUCGGGCAGACCCUUGUCAAAAAAGAGGCGCUAUUUUGAAGUGACUGUCAAUGAUACAGGAGUGAGGGGGAUGAUCGCUGUCGGUUUGGUGCCUCAGUCCCACAAGCUGGAUCAUCAGCCUGGCUGGCUCCCAAACUCUGUAGCUUUUCAUGCUGAUGAUGGCAAGCUCUAUAAUGGCAGCACCGUUGGACAGCAGUUCGGUGCCAAAUGCUGCAGAGGUGACAAAAUCGGUUGUGGAAUAUCGUUCGACUCCGAUGACGGACAGAUAACAGUGUUUUUUACCAAGAAUGGCGAAGAAAUCGGCAGUGUUGAGAUCCCAGCGUCUCCUGAAGAUCUCUACCCUGCAGUGGGGAUGCACUCGCUGGGGGAGGAAGUGGUUUUGGACCUGAAUGCUGACUGGAGGGCGGAGGAGGAUGAUGGACAGAUGAUAGUUGAUAGUCAUGAGGAGGACUGGAGCCGUCUCCAUGACGUCAAAGUGACGGGCACGCUGUUGGAGUACAUGGGGAAAGGGAAGGGCAUCAUGGACGUGGGCCUGGCUCAGGCUCGGCGACCUCUCAACCCUCGCUUCCACUACUACGAGCUGGAGAUCACAGACGCUGGAGAGAAGUGUUACAUCGCCCUGGGUCUGGCACGCAGGGACUAUCCAAAGGACAAACAUCCAGGUUGGAACAAAGGCUCCAUCGCUUACCACGCAGACGACGGGAAGCUGUUCCACGGCAGCGGGGUGGGGGACCCGUUCGGGCCGCGCUGCUUCGAAGGCGACAUCAUGGGCUGCGGUAUCAUGUUCCCACGAGACUUCAGCGUGGACGGAGGAGAUGACGCAGACGACUUCGACCUGGACGUGGCUUCCAGCGAGGUGCAGAACAACCUGUACGCAAACAACGACGACGAAGAGGAGGACGAGGGGGACGACCCGGAGGGGAGGAGGGUCAUGGUGUUUUUCACUCGGAACGGGAAGGUGGUGGGGAAAAGGGAAGUGGCCUUGCCGCCAAACGGUUUCUAUCCCACCAUUGGGAUGAUGAGCACUGGGGAGAAGGUCAGAGUUGAACUGCGCCCCCUCAGCGGCUGACGGAAACCAGAACAAUUAAAAGCCUUUGGGAUGAUGAACGAUUCCUCCAAAUCGUCGCUGCACCUUCACGGUGAAAACAUCGUUUUACAUGCUGACAAAACGCGUCUUAAAGAUUCAUGAAAGUAAGAUCUUUAAGACAUCUGUGCCUAAAAGAAGCGGCUUUAUUACGAAAUGAUUUUUGUACUGUAAGAAACUGUUGAAGCAGGCUGAGUUUGGAGGGAAAAAAGUUAUUCAUUUUGACGCACGAGGCUUAUUGAAAUGCCAAAAAAAACAACAAAAAAAAAGUCUUGAAUAAUGAAUGUAAAAGUCCCAAGUAAAAGAGACCUGAGUUACCAAACAGACCCGCAAAGGCAGUCCUGGUUAAAAUGAGUUACUAGAUUAUGAGAUUAUUUCUAAACUGCAAGUGUGAUUUAUUUAUUCUACAACGAUGAGGCAGAAGUGGAAAAGCCCUUGAAUUUAAAGGAGGUGUGCGUGCGUUUGCGCCUGUCGACGGUCCAGUACUGACACUCAGUGGUGAGGCGGCUCACAGGCAGCAGCGACUCGGUAGAACCAGCUGCUUCACGUUUGGAGGAAGCUGUUUCAGGUAACUAUGAGGAAGUAAAAGUGCAAUAAUAAUAAUGAUAAUAAUUUGUUGAAAUCAAAGCUAUUUUUAUGCUUCUUGUUUGUUAUCUUGCAAUAAGAGAAAGUGGAUCUUAAAGCUUUAAAGAGAGUCCUUAUUUCAUCUGAACCCAACUAAAUGAUGCUUACAGGAUGAAUCUAAAAAAAAACAAAAAACAUUUAGAUUAUUUAUUUGAGGAAAUGAGAUUUUAGUUUCCUCACUGACCAGAUGAUGGAAACAUUUUAUGCUUCUAAACUAGACCGAAGUUGGACAAUAUCAUGUGUAUGAUGUUUUUAUUUUUUAUUGUUUUGUUUUUUUCAGAAUAUACUGAAAUGGAAAACAAAACAAAAACACAA